AAGGGGAUUGAGAGCAGGGUGAGCAGCCCAGUCAGGUGUGUGGUGACAGGGCUGGGGUGACAUGGAGGAGCCUGUCCCCAGCCAGGACACCAUGCUGAGGGACACAGAGCCCUCCAACACCAUCAAGCUGCUGCACCUGCUUUUCCUCUCCACCUCCUGGGGAAUGCAGAUCUGGGUGACCUUUGUGGCUGGGUUUGUGAUGGGCACCCACCUCCCUCGCCACACCUUCGGCUUGAUCCAGCGCAAGCUCUUCCCCUACUACUUCCACAUCCUCUCAGCUUGUGCCUUCCUCAACCUGACCCUCUUUGCCAUGCACCUCCCCAGCGAGGUGCUCAGAAAGGAGCAAGCAACCCAGAUCAUCAUCUUCUUCGUUUGCGUCGCUGCUUCAGUGCUGAACACGCAGUGGUUCGGGAGGGUCACCUCUGAGAUGGUGGCAGACAUGCACCUCAUAGAGAGCAGCCACGGCCUGGGCCAGGAGGUUGGGCUGCUGGCUAGCAAGUCCCACAGGCAGCUGUGUGCCUCCAACCCCAAGUACCAGCAGCUGUGCCAGCAGUUCAGCCUCUACCACACUCUGUCCUCCAUCUGCAACCUCUGCUGCAUUGCCUGCAAUGGUCUGAGCCUGUACCACCUGGCUGCCCAGCUCUCUGCCCUCUGAGAGCAGGACACAGGCUCUGGGAGAAGGGAACCAUCCUGCUGCCUGGCUGUAAACUUCAGAGAUUAAUUUCCAGCAUCCUCCGUUCGUGCCUGGUGCAGAAAUAUGGGAAUGGUGAAGAGAAAUCCAGCUCUGGAGUAAGAAAAGUCCUCCACGAUCCAAGCAGAAGCAUUUCUGGCUGAACAGCUUCUUAGUGCUCUGUGCACUAGAUGUGUCUAACAGGGCCAUGUAUUUCUGCAACCCCAGAAAGAUUGCAGAAGAGAGAGAAAUGGGAGCUUUAGAAUUACUUUUAAUUAAAUGCUGACAUAGAGAAGCA